AGUUGUUAAGAAAGAAAGCAGUAGUAUUGGCAAUUUAGCAUGAAAGCAGUGAAAAAUGGACAGUUGAAUCUCCCCAAAUCUGACACCCCAUAUGCUCAAACUAUACUGAAGACAAUCACGUGACCUUUCACUUUUUUCUUCCCUCCUUUAAUUUCCCUCAAACCAUGCGCCCUCUUCUUCUUCCUCUCUACCUUUUGUUCCUUCAUCAUUUCUACAUUUACUUACCUUUCUUCCAUUUCAAUUCAAACACAAUUUAACUCAAAUAUUAAAAAUACCCUUAUACUUUUAGGAGGGAGCUCCUUUACUCCCUCAGAUCUGCCUCUUAAUUUCUGGGUUUGUUUUCUUUUUUCUAAUUACAUUUGGUGGAAAAAGGGAAGACAUCAUACAACCAAAUUCUGGGAAAUGGGGGUUAUUUCUCGGAAAUUAUUCCCAGCAUGUGGGAGUAUGUGUGUUUGCUGUCCUGCUUUAAGGUCUAGGUCCAGGCAACCUGUUAAGCGCUACAAGAAGCUAAUUGCUGAUAUAUUUCCCAAAUCUCCUGAUGUUCAGCCAAACGAGCGGAAACUUGUUAAGUUAUGUGAGUAUGCUGCCAAAAAUCCUGUUCGUAUCCCUAAGAUUACAAAACAACUUGAAGAGAGAUUCUUUAGAGAAUUACGGUAUGGACAUGUGAAGAUUGUUGGCACUAUCAUGGAAGCUUAUAAUAAGUUGUUAUGUAUGUGUGGGAAACAAAUGGCAUACUUCGCUGCCAGUCUGUUGCUUCUAAGUGAUGAGGUUUUGGAUCAUUCAAAGGAAGUCUUGAUACAGGCAGCUGGGUGUCAAACAUUAACUCGAUUUAUCUAUAGUCAGACUGAUGGCACUUAUGCUCGCAAUAUUGAAAGUUUUGUUACCAAGGUGUGUGUUAUAGCUCGUGAGACUGGGAAAGAACAUCAAAAUCGUGCCUUGAGAGCUUCGUGCCUGCAGUGCCUUUCAGCUAUGGUAUGGUACAUGACUGAGUUUUCUCACAUUUUUCAUAGUAUUGAUGAGAUUGUGCAAGUCAUUUUAGAUGACUAUGAAGGAGAAUUACACAAUGAGGAAAGGGAAGAACCACGUCAUCACUGGUUGGAUGAGGUUGUUAGAUGCUCAGGAGGUGUUUCUGCUGUCCCCGGUGCUGCAAGCCCUUGCUGUACUGCUGUUAGGCCUCCUCCGGACAAGAAAAAUUUUUCUUCGUUAACCAAAGAGGAGAUUGAGAAUCCAAGAGUAUGGGCUCAAAUUUGUCUCCAAAGAUUAGCGGAGCUUGCAAAAGAGAGCACAACUAUGCGUCCAGUUCUAGAGCCUAUGUUUAUAUAUUUUGAUACAGGGCAUCACUGGUCUACUCAGCAGGGACUGGCGGUCACAGUUCUGUGUGAUUUGUGCUAUUUCAUGGAAGCUCCAGAAAAUCAGCAGGUAGUUUUGAAUGGCAUAAUACGUCAUAUGGACCACAAAAAUGUUGUGCAUGACCCCACAGUUAAGUCAUGUGUUGUCCAAGUUGCUGCGAAUGUUGCACGACAGAUUAGAUCUGUUGCAAGUUUAUCUGAUGUUGGAUGCAUUAGUGACUUGUUGCGCCACUUGAGGAAGAGUCUCCAGUCAAUAGCUGGUCCAAUUGGAGAAGAGGCCAACUUGAAUAUCCACUUACAAAAUUCAAUUGAGUCUUGUUUACUUGAAAUUGCAAAAGGGACACGGGAUGCAGAUUCGUUGUUUUAUUUUAUGGUGAUCGCAUUGGAGAAGUUGCCUUCUGUUGGAGUUGUUGCCAGGGCAACCUUGGGUUCAGUUUUAAUUCUUGCUCAUGUAUCAGUGGCAGUCUACUCCCAUUUGCAGCUGGCCUUCCCCGAAGCCCUUCUUAUCCAUAUUUUGAAAGCUAUGCUGCACACUGAUAUUGAAGCACGUGUUGUGGGUCAUCAGAUAUUUUCUGUUCUACUGUUCCCAAGUUCUUGGAGAUCUUAUGAAACAAGGAUAUUGCAGUCUAACAGGAGAUCUGCAUUAGCUUCAGUCACUGAUUUACUAGAUAAGCUUCGGAAAGAAAAACAUUUUACGGGAGAAAAGAUUGUGGAUGGUGGAGUAGAUGAGUUUAGUGGUAGAGAAGUUCCGGAGGAUGAGUUUAAGCAGGGAUGGACUUGCCGCAGCUCCCCUAACUUCUCCAAGUUGAGCUCUAUUAUUGACCGGACAGCUGGAACAAACAACUUUUCUGAUGAAACUUCAAUAAUGAAGCUGACUGAAGAUCAGAUACUACAACUGCUUUCGGGAUUUUGGAUACAAGCGAAUCUUUCAGAUAAUGUACCAUCAAAUUUUGAGGCAAUCGCUCAUUCAUACUGUUUGAUGCUCAUAUCUUCGCACAUUAAGAAUACCAAUCACAGUGUUAUUGUGCGUUUCUUCCAACUUCCCAUAUCUUUAAGAAAUGUAUCAUUGUGUAGCGAUUCUGGGAUGCUUCCGCCUUCUUGUCGGAGAUCAAUGUUUAUAACAUCCACUUCCAUGCUGAUGUUUGCUGCCAGGAUGUACCACAUGCUCGAUUUGAGUGAUCUUCUAAGGUCCCAAGUUCCAUCUGACGUUGAUCCCUUUUUGUGUAUCAAUGAGGAUCUUCAGGUCUUUGUCAAAUCUGAAGAGGAUAUCGGACAAUAUGGUUCAGCAAUAGAUAGUCAAGCAGCUAUCUCAUUCCUCUCUGAAUUACGAGAAAAGCACAAAAAUGAUAAGAUUAUGCUGGGCAUUAUAGUGCGACAUCUUUGUUGUACUGUUAAGGUAGAGGAGGAAGAGCUCCUAAAUCAGCUAUCUGCUACGUUCUCGCCUGAUGAGGCCUUCAUCUUUGCCCCCAAAGAAUUACGAGAACUAGAUCAUACUCAGGUUAUUCGCCAUUUGAAGGAGUCGCCUUCUCUGGAUGGUGAAUUAUCUAUUAGUUCAAUUGUUGAAGACGACGUGACCAAUUCAUUACCUGUUUCGAAUGUUUAUGGUCAAAAAAUGCCACGUUCCCCUUCAGAGUCUCAUAUUAUUAGCGUCGGAAGGCUUUUAGAAUCAGCACUUGAAGUUGCUGGACAAGUAGUUGGGACGCCAGUCUCAACUUCUCCCUUAUCAUACAGUAUGAUGGCUGGUCAAUGUGAAGCUCUUGAGACAGGCACUAGGAAAAAGCUCUCUAAUUGGUUGGCCCAGGAAAACUCCGCCUCUGGCGAUGUAUUUUCCUUUCCAUCAGAUGGACCCACUACAAGUAACCCAACUUCGCCUCGUGUUGGUGGUGUAAACGUGGAAACAGGAUCCCAUGAACAGUUUAAUACUUUGAGAUUGCCUCCGGCGAGCCCCUUUGACAACUUCAUACACGCAGUUUCUGGUCCUAGACCCAUCUUAGCAGGACUAUCCCCCUAAAGGAUGGGUAGAGAAGCGUAGUCUCAAGUGAAGUGUAUCUAUCUAGUUUUAUGUUAGUCGGAACUGUGUAGUUCAUCAGACUAAUUAAAUAGUUGUAGAUCUUGUUGCAAAACCAUGUAGCUUAAGGAAAUGAAAAUGUGUUGCCUAAUCUAAUCGGUGCAUGACAGAAUCAGCGACUUAAUGCAUCCUGUUUCGUAUAUCUACUUGCAAUUCUAUAUAUCGUGUGAUUCCUAUGAUUACGCUA